AUGCUGAGCACCUGGCGCUCACUUGCUCAGUUGAAUCGUUUGCAGAAGCCGUGGUCCAAAGAGGAGGGGCAAUAUGGCAGUGGGCGCACGCUGGCGGGCCAGGUUCUGUACCUGACGGUGGCCGGGAUGUGGCCUCGCGGACGUGGAACACCCUACCUGCUGUACGUGCCGCUGGUGCAGCUGUGCGCUGUCUCCUACGUGGCUGUUGGUGUCCAAGAGGCGGUCGUCAUCGGACUGGACGGCUUCUUCGUGGCGGCCAUGCUGCACGUGGGAGCCCUGCUGCAGCUGCUGGGUCAGCGCGUCUCAGGUGUGCGGCUUGCCGGUGACGGUGAAGCAGACCUGUCUGGUGACGCGGGUCUCAAGGUGCGACAAAUGCUGUAUGCAGAGCUCAGUGCCUGCAUCAGCAGCCACCAGAAAAUCACAAAGUUCCUGCGACACCUGGAGUCCGCCAUGGGCGCCAUGGUGCUGGUGCAGCUGUCCUCCACCAUGCUCAACCUCUGCAUAGGACUCUACCACCAGACUAAGAUAAGGGACGUCCUCACCGCUCUGCAGUACGCCAUGCUCCUACCCUUCUACAGCAGCCAAAUCUACUUCUACUGUUGGACGGCUGAUGCCAUCACACAGCAGGGUGUGGGGCUGUCUCUGGCGGCAUAUAGCAGCUGGUGGGUGGGCGCUGGCACCAGCUUCCAGAAGGCUCUCUCCAUUCUAAUGGCACGCGCCCACAAGCCACUGGUGAUCACGGCAGGCCGCCUCUACCCCAUCAAUACAGCUGCCUUCGUAGCGGUCAGUCCAAAUUAUCUCGAUCUGUACUUUGUUGGUUCUGUUUAA